UUAUUAAACCUAAAAGACAAAAGAUUCUUCUCUCUCUGAAACACACACCUAUUACCAUCUUUUAUCAUGCAAAGUCCUCUUCUAUUCUAUUUAUAGCCCCUCCCUCUUUCCCCUUCUCCCACAAACACUACACAAAACCACAUCACUUCAUCACAAAACCAAACCAAAAACAUGGCUAUGAGUUACCCUUUUCCAAUAUACUUCAUUCUCUUAAUAAUAACCAUACCACGUUUAAUAUCCACCGUUGGAAAAACCGAGCAAUGGAAAUCCUCACUACCAACAGAGUUAUCCACAAACAACAACCUAUCAGAAAAACUCAUAAACGACCCAAAAGCCCUUGAAGAAGCUUCAACCGACUACGGCAACCUCGUACACGAUUUCCCCGCAGCGGUGUUUCGUCCUACGACGGUGAACGACAUAGCAACCCUCGUUAAGCUGUCGUUCAACAGUUCUGUCCCGUUUCGUAUAGCGGCAAGAGGACAGGGCCAUUCCACGCGCGGACAAGCCAUGGCUCGUGACGGCGUAGUCGUUGACAUGAAAGGAUUAAGAGAACGAGAUCGUGAAGGGGUUAAGAAUAAUAUAAAAAUGAAAAAUGUUAAUGAGGGGAUUAAGGUUUUUGGAGAUUCUAAGGUUGGAUACUAUGUUGAUGUUGGUGGGGAACAACUGUGGAUUGAUGUUUUAUAUGAAACACUUGAAUAUGGACUUGCACCUGUUUCUUGGACUGAUUAUCUUUACUUAACUGUUGGAGGAACACUCUCUAACGCUGGAAUUAGUGGACAAACGUUUCGUUAUGGACCUCAAAUUUCUUCUGUUCAUCAAUUGGAUGUUGUUACUGGAAAAGGAGAAUUUGUAAGAUGCUCUAAACAGAAGAACUCAGAAUUAUUUCAUGGUGUCCUUGGGGGUUUAGGACAAUUCGGAAUAAUAACAAAGGCAAGAAUUGCUCUUGAGGCAGCACCAAAGAGGGUUAAAUGGAUUAGACUUUUGUAUAGUGAUUUUUCAGUUUUUACUAAAGAUCAAGAAAGUUUAAUUUUAAGGAAAAAUAGUAAGUUGGAUUAUUUGGAAGGGAUGGUAUUGAUGCAUCAAGGACCCAUAAAUAAUUGGAGAUCUUCUUUCUUCCCUUUAACCGACCAUCAGAGGAUACUUUCCCUAGUUACUCAACAUAGGGUCCUCUAUUGUUUGGAAUUUGCCAAAUAUUAUGAUCACCAUUCUGAAAACACCAUCAAUAAGGAAAUUCAAACUUUGGUCCAAGGACUAGACUAUAUCCCUGGAUUUUAUUAUCAAAAGAAUGUAUCAUUUGUUGAGUUCUUGAAUAGAGUUAGAAGUGGAGAGUUGAAGCUUCAAUCACAAGGACUAUGGGAUGUUCCUCAUCCAUGGCUUAACAUGUUCAUACCAAAAUCAAGAAUCAUGGAUUUUAACUCAGGUGUUUUCAAGAACAUAAUUCAAAAAAGAAACAUCACCACAGGACCUGUCUUGGUCUAUCCAAUGAAUAGAAACAAGUGGGACAAUAAGAUGUCAGCAACAAUACCAGAUGAUGAGGAUGAAAUCUUUUAUGCUGUUGGAUUCUUGCACUCAAGUAGAUUUGAUAAUUGGAAAGCCUUUGAUGCUCAAAACAUCGAAAUUUUGAAAUUUUGCAAUGAUGCUGAAAUUAAGUAUAAGUUAUAUCUUCCCCACUACAGCACACAGGAAGAGUGGAGAAACCAUUUUGGACCUAAAAAAUGGAAAAGUUUUGUACAAAGAAAAUAUCAGUUUGAUCCUAGAAUGAUUCUAUCACCAGGACAAAGAAUCUUUAACAAUAAUUAAAAUUAUAAAAUAGUUAUGAUGGACUGCAUGCAUAGCUGGAUGAUCUAAAUUCUAAACCUUGAUGAGAAUCAUAGCUUUUUUUAUUUUUUUGUACUUUGUAAUAUUUAAUUUUGGUAGAGGGUGGGGUUAUGUGUGCUGCAUGAUUUUGGCACAUAUAUAAAUCAGGUUAUUCAUACCUUAGAUAUGUUAGGUUGACAGAAUCAUUUGUAAAAUAUGCACAUAUCUAGCUGUAUCUUUUUUUCUCUCUCUCAUAUUAGUACAGAUUAGUAUUCCUCUGAUCUUCA